GGUAUAUCUCUAAUUUUUUGUCUUUAAGAAUUUGUGUCCUUUUAUAUGGAUGGAUUAGCUAUACAGUAUAUUGUCUUUUUAUAUAAAGAGCCAAGGAAAUGCAUCUAAAAAGAAGGAAUUUCUCAGCAAGAAGCAGACUGGCUUUAUUCUUCAUUGUACAAAUGGCUGCUGAUUUUGUUCUGUGCCAGCUCCAUUACAUGAUUCCUGAGGAAUCCAAACACGGCACCUUUGUUGGGAGAAUUGCUCAGGACCUGGGGCUACAGAUCAGUGACAUUAACUCCAGAAGGCUAAGGAUUUCCUCUAAGGAUGGAUCAGAUUAUUUCCAGGUAAAUCUGAAAAAUGGAAUUUUAUUUGUCAAUAGAAUGAUAGACAGGGAAGCUCUGUGUCCUGAAAUCAGUGUUUGUAUUGUGCAACUGGAAGUUAUAGUUGAUAAACCUGUACAGAUUCACCAUGUAGAUGUAGAGAUUGAAGAUAUAAAUGACAAUUAUCCAAUAUUCCCUGCUAAAGAAUAUAAACUGCUAAUUGCUGAAUCAAGGCUGCCAGGAUCAAAUUUUCCUCUAGAGGGAGCAGUUGAUUCUGAUGUUGGAACUAAUUCUGUUACUGUCUAUGAACUCAGCUCAAAUGAUAAUUUUGCAUUAGACGUUCAGUCAUAUACACAUGAAAGCAAAUCUGUUCAACUUGUAUUAAAGAAGUCUCUGGACAGAGAGCAAAUACCAUUUCACAAUAUAACGCUUAUUGCAUUUGAUGGAGGAAAACCAAAAUUAAAUGGCUCUGCCCAGCUUCUGAUUACAGUGCAAGAUGUUAAUGAUAAUGCCCCAGUGUUUGAACAAUCAAUUUAUAGAGCCAGUUUGUUGGAAAAUGCUCUUGUGGGAACAUUUGUCAUCAAGGUAAAUGCAACAGAUUUGGAUGAGGGAGAAAAUGGCAAACUUAAAUAUUCUUUUAAUAAGUUGGUUCCACCACAAACUAGAUCAGUUUUUAACAUAGAGGAGCACACUGGUAUAAUUCGAAGUUUUGGAGAGGUUGACUAUGAAAAGAAAAGCCUGUAUGAAAUUGAAGUUGAUGCCAUUGAUAAAGGUCCAUAUGCCAUAGCCGGACAUUGCAAGGUUAUCGUAAAUAUAGUGGAUGUAAAUGAUAAUCCACCAGAGAUGACUGUAACAUCACUAAAUGUUCCUGUUCCUGAGGAUUCACCUACUGGAACGGUAGUUGCAGUUAUCAGUGUCCAUGACAGAGAUUCAGAUCAGAAUGGAAAAGUCACUUGUCAUAUUUCUAAAAAUAUUCCCUUCAAGAUAUCUCCUACGCUAAGAGAAUAUUACUCACUGACCGUGGAUGGACCUUUAGAUCGUGAAAGAACAUCAGAAUAUGAACUGGAUAUAACAGCUACAGAUGGAGGUGCUCCAGCUCUCUCAGUUACCAAAUCUAUUAAGGUUCAGAUAAGUGAUGUGAACGACAAUCCACCUUCUUUUCAAAAAUCUUCAGAGAUAAUUUCUGUUAAGGAAAACAACCCACCAGGAUCUCACGUCUAUACAGUAUCAGCCUCUGAUUCAGAUACUGGCCAGAAUUCCUUUAUUACAUAUUCACUAAGUGCCAGUUUUCUAGAUGGAAUUCCCAUAUCUUCCUAUAUCUCUGUCAACCCAGAAAAUGGAAAAAUAUUUGCUUUGCUGUCAUUUGAUCAUGAACAAGUUUGUUAUUUCCAGUGCCAAAUAAUAGCUACAGAUGCAGGACUGCCACCAAUGAGCAGCAAUCUCACCCUGCACAUUUUUAUAGAGGAUAUUAAUGACAAUGCUCCAUCUGCUCUGGCUCCAUUUUCCAGCAGUGAAUCUGCAGUAACUGAAAUGGUUCCAAGAUCUUUUAAAAAAGGCCAGGUUGUGACAAAAAUUAAAGCAAUUGAUCCAGACUCAGGAUACAAUGCUUGGAUUUCUUAUGAAGUUAAGAAUCUACCAAGAAAUUCUCCUUUUUCCAUUGGGCAUCAUACUGGAGAAAUUACCAUAAUGCGAUCUUUUAUAGACUCAGACAGUGACCAACACAAAUUAUUUGUUGAGUUGAAGGACCAUGGAGAUCCUCAAAUGUCUGCAAUGGUGACUCUAAUCAUCUUACUAGUGGAUCCUGAGCAUGAGUUACCAGCAGAAACAAAGAACCAUAAAAGAAAAGCUAAUGAUCUUUCAGAUGCCAAUAUUUAUCUGAUCAUGUCCAUUUGCCUAAUCUCCAGUGUAUUCCUAAUUACCCUCAUUGUUUAUACUGUGCUAAGGUGGCAGAAAUACACCCAAGAAAUCAAUGCUUUGAGACAAAAUACAAUUUGUCCCAGCAUAGCAGGGAGUUGGACCUACACUCAGCAAAGACAGUAUAAGGUCUGUUUAAAUGGAGCUCCACCAAAAAACGAUUUAAUUCUUUUCACACCAAACUUUCCCCAGUCUGUAGUGGAAGAUUGGAACUCUAACACUGGGAGUCUGGCUUCUGCUGGGAAGGUGAGAAGACACAUUUCUAAUUUUUCUGAAUCUGCACUGUAGUUCAGUUUAAUACAGAGGACAGAACAUUUCUUAUAAAAUUUCAGCGUUUUUAUUUGGUAUAAAAAAUGUAUGCGUCCAUGAUGUAAAUGUGGGUCAAGAGGAAGGGGAACAAUGCUUAUCUGAAGAUUAGAAAAUGAAAGAAUUCCUUAUAUCAACUCAGUUUUAUUCCAUAAACACUUUCUACAUUUACCAAUUCUAAUAAGAAUUGCCUAUU